UGUGUGGAUUGUGUUUUUUUCUGGCUGUCUACAAAAAAUAAAUAAAAAAAAGAAACAAAAAAACAAAAAACAAUGGCAGUGUCAGAUGGUCGGCCGAAUGUGAGUUGAAUGGCAAUCGUUAACCAAUUGUAAAUCGGAAAUGGACAACGAUUUCCCUGUGGGUUGUGCAUACGCCCAGAUUGCACUACACGCCGAUCAAGUUUGGUGGAGCAAAGCGGACUACGGAGACAGCUACAAGCUUGCAAACUUGAACUUAUGGAUCGACCUAUUACGGCUUAACGAAUUGGUACCGGGCAGUAACGGCAAAAACGUACAAGUCGUAAAAGAGCCACCCCCACAGGCACAACCGGGCAAAGUUGAUCUUUGGAAUUCUGAGCAAGUUGAGAUAUCUUUGCCGUGCUGCCGCUGGGACGAGAGUCCGGCGUGCAACGAAGCGGAACGGCCGUGCCCAACCUUGCCAGCGCCUCUCUCUCAGAAGACUUUGUUGGACCCAAAUUGGCUUUUAGCUCAGCCAUGGCCAAUCGCCCUACUCGGCGCGUACCCCGCCCUCAGCACCGUCAUAAAGAACGCUUCGAACAGAUCGCUUUUCAGCUACAACCACAUUUUAGAAAUGCUGAAAGAUGGAAAUCACUUUCCGUACACCGUCGAUACCCUCCAAGAGCUUAUACUUCACAAUAAGAUACAAUGCGACACGGUCCGAGGCCUUUGGGAAAACGAGGAAAAGCAUUUGACAUUAAAGAAAACAAACCAGGCGAUCGUCGACAGAGGUUAUUUGAAUGCAAAUGUACCCGAAUUUUAUCCUUCGGUAUUGCUUCCUCCUAAUCAAAGCCCUUCUAGGUUCCCGAGCGUUUUUGACUCAAACUACCAAGCGGAGCUUUUUCCUUAUAAGGAAGACGGUAUAUGGGCACCAAUCGAGGCGCCGUCUCCGACAACAUCCACGUCUCCAACUUCAGAAGGAUUCGGAGACUGGCCCAAAAAGGGAAUCGAAGCUGAGAGAAAGCCGCCACCCCCAAAUCCAAAAGAACCUCAACCAGAGCCGCAGAGGUGUGUUAAGAAAUUUCCACGCAUCCUGGACAACUUAACAGCAAAAAAAGAACCUGAGAAUUUAAAUGAAAUGAGGAUUUGGCUGGAUCACGUUUACCCGAGGAGAGGAUACGAAUUUACAAAUUUACUCGCUGUAGCUAACCAUUAUGAAAAUCUGGCCCGCCAACUCGCUCUAAAAACUGACCAGAUUCUUCCUAUAGCGCCGAAUCCAUUGAGUAUAUCCAACAACAUAACUCAAGACCGCCUCCUAUACAGAGACGUCCUGACAAGGAAAAUAUGCGAGGUCGAUGAAAACGAGAGGGCCAAAGAAGACGGCACGAUAGAAAAUAAAUUUGAAGAGUUAGAAAGAGAGGCGAUAGAGCAGUACCUAGCUUCAGACCCCAGCUUGGUUUCGCCUGCUGUGGUUACCGAACUAAGCCCAGAACAGGAAGUCAGGUUUCAAGAUUUGGAAAGAGAAGCUUUGGAACAAUACCUCAACGGGGAGGACUCGGAAACUGCCAUAGCAGUGAGCCAAGAGAGCCCGGAAGCCCCGAAAGAUUCUGCAGGAGGAGAGCUGAAGGUCAUACUGCCAGAAACCGACGAACGGAAGCCUCACAGAAAGAAUACCGUAGAUAAAAAAGUGAUAGAUUGUAGCAAAAAUGAAACUUGUAGCCCGUCGUCGAAAAAAACUCAGGAAGAGAAACCAGAAAGAAAAUUCGAAAUUCCAUCAUCUACACAAUUUUCAAAACACCACAAUUAUUUAACAACACAGGGCAAAGAAGUCGAUUUGGACGAUACUGGACGAUUCGAUGAAUACUUCAACAGAUCACAAGAAAGAUCGCAGAAAGGAAAAUGGCGCCACAAAAAGGCACCGAAGAAGAAAAAACAAAACAAAAGACAGCAUUUGCAACAUCCCGCCCCGGCGGUUUACUGUCUCGAAGCUGAGACGAGGAGGCUGGCCACUGCCUUGAAACACAAGGUGUUAAAUUAUCUCAAAGGGGUCGAUUUAAAACUUACGGAAGAAAAGAAAAAGCCAGUGGUGAAGGUUAACACUCAGAAAGGUAUAGCUGUCAAAUCGAUACAAGAGACAGUGAGGCUGACAGAUAUCGAUGAUGCUGAAACAUACAGGCUGUACGUCAGAGAGAUUUCGACGAACGCCAAGAUACACCUCCAAGGGUUGUAUAAAAGAGUGCGUUCCGAAAUAAUGGAGACGACGUCGAAAGGUUCAGUUGCCCUCGUCGCCCCGACGGCCACGGACAAGAGGAGGGUGCGGAAGACGAUCGCCAAAUGCGUCAACCUGUUGAACCAAGCGGAGAACAUAAAAAAGACUGGGAAGAAAACCCUCGAACCCGCUCGCCGCGACGUCACGGAAACCCUGAGGAUUCUGCACAAGACGAUGGACGUCGUCUACGCGCUUAGAGAUAUGUCGAGGGAGGCCGUCGAGGACGUGGACUUCUUGAAGAACGGGAAAGACCUGAUUGUCGAUCUAUACCGGGACGUGGUGACGCUGGACGAGAAAUCGGACUACAUCAGGCAGCGCGUGAUGCGCGAGGACAGAUCUCUGCUGGCCCUCCUCCUUUUUCCCAGAGCCCACGGCUUGCUGCUAGACAGGAGGACUGAAUUUGUUUCUAAGACAGCGAACCUCUGCGUUGAAUUCAGUUUCCUCAUGGUGCAAAACGAACUGAUGCUGAGGUGUAUCUCUCUAGACCGUAGUAUAAUGAAAAUGUUUGAAAAACGUUACUUGAAGCCGUCAUACUUUCCAUUUAAACUUCAGCAUAUUCACCUUUUUCCUCAAAGGUGCCUUACCGAAGGGAAGACCCACCGUGCGAGAAAGAGGUUAAUAUUGGACCCGAAGUACUGGAGCCACGUGAUAGAAAUCGGAAAAAAAAGAUAUCACGUGUCACUGAAUACAGAUAUAACUGCGAGGCAGGCCGAGGCCGCAUCGAGAAUCUACAGCACCUCGAAGCUACCGCGAAUAUCGUUCAAUGGAAUUGGCGAUCUCAUGGUUGAAACGUUCACACCUCCGGCCCAGGAAGAGCCCAGGUUUCGGAGGCUUACCGGUGUCUGGAGCGACAUGAGCCUCCAGAGGCAGCCUCCAGUCAGAAACGUGCCUCGCAGGAGCGGCAGCUGGCCCAGGAGACCCGAAAACGAACCUGUUGUAGCGAUAGAAGAAAUGAGAAGUGUUAGGUCCCAGACUAAAACUAAAAAAACAGACGCUUCUUGCUGCCUCCAGUAGUUGACAAUAAAGAGAACCGAAUGCUGCUUCAGUUGUUAAUGAUUUGUGUUGUUCAGCGGCUGCCGUCGUUAAACGUGAUUCAUUUCCACCCUUCAACUGAAAAAUUCAAAACAACGUGUUGUCCAUUGAUUUUGUUUUACAAUACAUAUUAAAUAGUUAUACAAUUAAA